AUACCGCUGUCCAACAGCAUAGAGAACGAGAAAGUGGAGAGAGAAAGAGGGAGGACAACAGAGAUUUUCCAGGAAAAUCACACACACACAUGUAUGUGUUUUGUCUUUCACCAUCGUCCACGUUUGUCUCUCUGUCUACAUACCUAAUCGUAUUCUUCUUCUUAAUUAAUUGAUUUUAUUUCGACCUGAAUAGUAAUAGAACCCGUCAACCCCUUUUCUCACGCAUACUUGUACAUCAAAACAUACCCCAAAAUUAAUACGAAAAAAAAGAAAAAGAAAAAGAAAAGGAAAAUACACCAAAACCACCAUCUAAACCACAUUUUAAUUCCAAAACCACCAUUUUCUCCCUCAAAACCACCACUUCUUAUUCAAAAACUACGUUUCUCUGUCUUACUCGCAAUACCACCGUUACUACUCCCAAACUUGGUUUUACUUUCUCAGAAGGUGGUAUCGGUAUAUUUCUUAUCUUCUUAUAAUUUUCUUCGCAAGCAAACAGGUUGGUUCUUUUCCAAUUUGGUUUUUCCUUGAGAGGAAUGGUGUUCGCUAAAGUGAGCCGGGUGCGCAAGAAAAGAAGGUGAAGGAUACGAUAUAGAAAAGGUGGGUGUGUUUGUUCGUAAUCCGGGUGCGCAUAAUAAUAGAAAAAGUAAGUGUUGGUCGAGUCGUUGACGUACACGUGGAGGGUUGUGAUGGGGCGGAGACGAGGAUGGUGGUGGCGAGGGGCAGGUGGGGUACGGAAGACUGGUCCGCCGUUGCUUUGGAGCUCCGAGCCCGAACCCUCCACCACUGCAGAUUCAACCCCGAGGCUUGUAAAUCCAAGUAUGAGGACUUGCAACAACGUUAUGCUGGGUGCACAGCUUGGUUUGAAGAGCUACGAAAACAACGAGUGGCUGAAUUGAGGCAAGAAUUGGAAAAAUCUGAAGAUUUGAUUGGGUUUCUUGAGUCAAAGCUUGGAAGUCUUGAGUCUGAGAAAGGAGAUUAUAGUCGGGUUGAUUGUGGCUUUAGCCAGACUGAAUUUCCUGUACCUUCACUAAAAUCAGCAGGAGCAGAAUCUGUUGGUGAAGAGACAUCUAAGGAUGGACUAUCUGCUGGCAGUUUCACGCAGGAUACCAGGAACUGGUCCCCUGAAUAUCCUAUUCCUGCAACAGCAUCAGCUGCAGAGAUGGAUGCAACGCCCGAUGCUUCAGAGCCUAUGGAGCAAGAAAAACUUUCAAGCGUUGAUAAACUGGUACAGAUUAGCAAUGAACAAGAAGGGACUUUUCGGAGGAGGAGAGGGAAGAGAAAAAGGAAGGAUUGUAAUAGGGAGUCCAAAGAAGGGAGCAUUGGAGACAGUGAGAAUUUGGGUUCAACCAAUGUUUUAAUUAACUCUCAAUGCAAGGAAAAUUCUAACAGUGACUGUGGUCAGACGGUCAGAUCUUCUGGUGUAAAUGAUCACAAUAAAGGUUCAAGUGGGGUUGGAAAUGUUGAUUUGAUGUUGAUAUUUGAUUCUAUUGCAAAGAAUGAAUACGCCUUGGUCUUUCGACGUCAGCUUGAUAGCCAGAAGAGAGCAAGGUACACGAAAAUAAUCCGGCAGCACUUGGAUUUUGACACCAUAAGAUCAAGAAUUGCCAACUGCUCCAUCAUGUCAGUCAAAGAACUUUUCCGAGAUCUGCUUUUGCUUGCAAACAAUGCACUGGUCUUUUAUUCCAGAAGAACACGUGAAUAAAAGUCCGCAUUAUUACUCAGAGAUCAUGUCACAAAAGAAUAUCAGCAGCAUUACAAGGUUUCUGGCAACAAAGCUGCCUCUGUCAUCUUCUCUAUAUCGUAAAUGUGUAACCUUCCUGUGAAACCUUGGAGCAUUCGCCCUUAUAAACGCAAAUUGGCAGCACAUGUUCUCAAUGCUGAGAAUGUCACUGCUGGAACUCAACAAGGAUGUAAAAAACCAAGUGUUGCUGAUUCCACUCCUUUAAUGGUGUCUUUGAUGAUGGCAAACAAAGGCUUCGGUCGGGCAGGGAAGGUUGCACUUACAACAUCUAAUUGACGAACUAAAAUUCCAAUGAAGGAACGAAAGAGACCUUGGCGGAGGUGAAAUUGUUGUAGUUUUAGUCUCUCUAAUUUUCUUUUUCUUGUGAAAUUCCCAGGCUCUUCUUUCGGUAAUCUGAGUCGUUUGCAUGAUCUUUUGGCGUAAUAAGUCUUUUUUUUUUUUUUUUUCCAAAUCAGUUAGGCUUUGUUUUGGUUCAAAAAGAGAUCAGGAAAAGAAAUACUUGUACAGAUUAAUGAGGCUGUGCGUAAUUAAGAUUGUAAGAUUAGUAUGCCACGUUCGUGGAUUCUAGUUCUUUAAAAAUGAGAGUACAUACUGUCUGUUCCCUCCAAUUCUGUGUAGCCUUCCCUUUGUUGGUCUAAUAACAAAAUUGCAACAAUUGCUAUUCAGAGGAGAACUCGGAUUCUCUCCUAUGCCAUGUCUUCUGCCUU